AUGGCACAACCCUCCCAGCCCAGCGACCACGGCAUCUACCUUCCUCACCCCAUAUCCGAGGACGCACAAGAACUUCCCGGCGAAUCGGCCGCGGCACUAGUCAACGCCCUACGCGCCCAAAAUGCCAUACCCGAACUCUCCAACACCAUGGCGGACGGCCUCGCUCGUUCAGGCUGGACCGACCGCGUCCGCGCUCUGGCUCAAGAACUAAUGCGGAACGGGACGUGUAAUACGAUGCCUGAGCUGAUGAAAGAGGUCUAUCGCCGGGUCGGGGUCAGCCCGGACGCGCCGUAUCAUUCACAGGGUUCCGCGACUGGGUCAUCGAAUGGUGUCGCACAGGCAAAUGGAUCAUCUACACCUACUGCAAGUCAGGCAGGCGCGGGCGCCGCGAUUCCUGGACAGGGUGCUAUUGUUGUCAGCAAGGAAUGGACUGGAGGAGAGGGAGGACUUCCGGACGUCCGGCUGCCUCAUGGCCCGAUAGACGAGGGCAUGGCAUACGUGAGGGAGAAGAUCAAGGACGUUGUCAAGUUCGAAGAUGAAACGUAA